GUGACGUCACUGCCACGCGCCCUCAUCGAAGGGGGUGCCAUCAGGUUGGUAGAGGUGGCCGUGCGGCCCUCGGUGCGGCCCUCGGCGCGUCCCACAUAUUCGGCCAUGGCCAGCGACUUCUACCUGCGCUACUACGUGGGGCACAAGGGCAAGUUCGGCCACGAGUUCCUGGAGUUCGAGUUUCGGCCGGACGGAAAACUGCGCUAUGCCAACAAUAGCAAUUAUAAGAAUGAUGUGAUGAUCAGAAAAGAGGCUUAUGUCCAUAAGAGUGUGAUGGAAGAACUGAAGAGAAUCAUUGACGACAGUGAGGUCACGAAAGAAGACGAUGCUUUGUGGCCUCCGCCUGACAGAGUGGGCCGGCAGGUGAGGGGGGAGGAGGGGGCCGAAGGGGUCGCAGGGGUCGCGCCUCUUCAGGGCGGGUGACUUUUAGACAGCUGU